AUGGCCGACUCCAAUACCACGGGCCGCAGGCCGACUUAUCCUGCUGGAACGAUUGCCAAAGUGUCGACCGACAUUUUGAACGAGACCUUCCACAACAUCAUCCAUGACUUGGUCGCCAAGGUCCACCGAGAGGAAAAGGUGGCGCGGAUGCGCUCCGCAGUUGUUGUCGCCCGACAGAAAGCUGAGGAAGAGGCGACCGUUCCGGACGAAACACCCAGCAAGACUGUUGCAGAUGGAAAGCCAAAGGAAGUUGUGAUCGACGCGGCCAAGCUGGCAAGCACACACCUCGAGACCGACGCCGCUACCUUUGAUCGCGGGAAAGUACAUCUGAAGGGCAACCCAAUGCAGACCAUCAAGGAAAUCAUCUGCCCGGACUGUCGUCUCCCGCGCCUUUCAUACCCUCCAGUCGGUGCAGGCUGCCGACCUCCACCAGACCCGAACGGUGCUUACUGCGCGAGCGGACCAUUGAUCACACUACCGGGCCACGACGUCCACGGGAAAAUGUUUGCGGUGAUGCCGAACCCGAAGAAGAAGAAGUCCGACAAGGACAGCACCAUCCCCGAAGUCCCGACCAGCAAGUGCCCCAUCUGCCCGCGCUACUUCGUCAUGAACCGAGUAGCUCAGCACUUAGACCGCUGCAUGAAUAUCUCCGGCCGCGGCAGCAGCACCCGCAACAAGACGCCCACUGAAAGCGGCGCCAGCGGUGCAAGCAGCCCGACCUCGUCGGCACCGAAACGCCCACACGAUGAAGACGACGGCAGCCCCAGCCCCACCAAAAAGAAGAAGCCGAACGCGCCCAAGAAGGGCGCCACCACAAAGCCCGGACCGAGCAAGCUCAAGAACUCAUUCACGGUAGAGGACGAGGACGACGUCAAGAGUGAGAACGCGGAUUGA